UUUUUGUUUUCCAUGCGUUCACUUUUAAAAGUCAAAAACUUUUCAAAAAAUUUUUUACUGACCAAAUGUUUUCUUAUUUAUGGAUGAAUUAAGAGAAAUUGAUAUUAAGAGAUUCCCAUUAACUAAAAUAAACGAUGUCGUUGGUUUAUUUGAAGAUCAGUUGAAAAGUGAUCAGGAACCCAAUUUGACACUACUGUCCAUUGUACUGGGCACUGUUGAACAUUUGUUAACUAUCAAAAAACCGCUUGAAAAACGUCAGAGAGGUAGACCCAACGAAUUGUUAGCUCUCAGAAAUGUCAAUCAAAUUGAUGGCCAGGAGACUAAAAAUGGCAUCAACGAUGAUGAAAACAUACCAACCAUUGAAUUAGCAGAUGUCAAUGUGUUGUUUGAGUUGUUUGUGAAACUCAUGAAGGACAAUGUUGAUUUAUCACUUUUUGAACAUUCCAUGUACACUUCGACUGGACUUCUGAAAAAAGUUUCUGAUGUUCUCUGGACAACUCUGAGUAGAACUUUCUAUAAAGACAAAGGGCAUUUACAGUUUUUAAAUACACUUUUCAGUGAACAGAAGAUGGAUUGUUUUGGAAUGGCCUUUGGAGUGAUAGCAGGAUGUCAGAUUUUGGGACUUAAGGAUGUGCACAUGGCAGUGACGGAGGACCACGUGUGGGCUGUCCAUGGCAAGAAUGAGUGUCUCACUUCUGAAAUCACAUGGCAUGGAAAAGGCACAGAAGAUCGUCGGGGCCACCCAGUCAGUAAAACUGCUCCGGAGAAGAGUUGGUUGUAUGAACAUCCGAUGAUAUGCAACAGGCAGGAAGAGGUGGCCAUCUUAGUUGUUGCCAUUAACACAAUCAUCCAUGCUACUAUGGAAAGCUACCAGAUGGCUGCCAUACAAAAAAGGAUAUUAUGGAUCAUGCAUGACCUAGGGCACCUAAAAAGAUAUCCAAUUGCCUUAAGCACGCUUGCUGAUCUAGAAGAAAUUCAACCAUCAUACUUCAGCAACAACAACAACAACAAUAAUAAUAAUAAUAAUAAUAACAAGAUUGUUAACAAAGACAGUAAAUUGUGCAAUAAUAAUAAUAAUAAUAAUAAUAAUAAUAAUAUAGUAAAUACUUCUGUAUUAACUAACGACAACCAUGACAUAAGCAACAGCAUCAAACCACCAUUAAUAGAAACAUCACAUACUAGUACUAAAACUGACACAACAGCAAAUACUAUAGCGUCACAUACUUCAAAUUCCAACAAUACCACAAAUACACCAACAACAUCAUGUACAAAUAUGCAAAAUACCAACAAUACAACAGAUACAAAAAAAGAUCACAAACGCCCGUCAUCGUUGCAGUUAUACAAACAGGCUAUCAACAUUUCUAUGACCUAUUACGAUGACUCGAAGAUUUACCCGCACACAUAUCUGGGGAAUUAUUUUUACAGGAGAAGGAGGUACAAGGAUGCUAUCAGAAGUUGGGCUGAUGCUGCUGCUGUAGCCAGCUGUUUUAACUACAACAGAGAGGAUGAUGAAUUGUACAGAGAAUUCCAUGAAAUUGCAAACGACAUCAUGCCAAAUAUAAUAAGAACGUGUUGCGCUGUCGUAGAAAACAAUAGUAAUAAUAAUAAUAAUAAUUCGAAUGCUGCACCAUCUGUGCCUUCAAGAUCUCAUCAGAAGAAGAGUAAGAAAAAAUUAAAGCCUAAUCAGAAAUCUGGCAGCUCUAAUGAUAAAAAUAUUGGCGGUGAUAUUAUUAAUGCCGAUGUAAGUAAUAAUACUUCUGGCGUUGAUACUACUGAUACUGCCAACAAGAAUAAUGCAGGAGGUAUAACUGAAAAUGUUGAUGGUACUACUGAUCAUUGUAAUGAUAAUAAAGACAUCGUUUGUACAACUAUUUCAUCCACAAAUCAACAGAAACAACAACUUUCUGGCAAUAGCAGCAACGUCUCAGCAACUAAAACAAAUUCUCCAAAUAAAUUCUCAUCAAAGUCAUCACCUUCUUUAUUGCUGUACGACUCUGAUUGCUAUGCAGAUGUUUUGAGAUUUUUUGAUGGGAUUUGUAAGUGGGAGGAAGGCAGCACCAUGCCCGUUCUGCACAUCAUCUGGGCAAACAACAUGGCCUUCAUCGUUUCAAAGUUCGUCCCUGAGGCACGCACGAACGUGGAAAUCAGGAGUGCUGAAGAGGUUGAAGAUGCAUCAAAAAAUGGAAAUAACCUCGCCCUAGAUCAUAUUAAUAACAAUAAUAAUGGAGUCGACGUUGGGGGAAACAAAAGGCAGCAAAAUGACGCGACGGCCCAGCAGAAUGUAAGAAAACGAACGCAGCUGCUUUUAGAGAGCCAGAAAAUGGCUUCCAUGAAAGAUUUAUUGACGAAUGAGAAGUUGAACACAAGCGCCAUAAAAUUGCUACUACCGGCUCAGUCACAAAUCAAUUCUAAGUCCAGCUCAUCUCUACAUUCUAAUAACUCUACUAACAGUCGCCAGAGUAACAGUGAUGUCGGUCUGCCUCCAAGGAAGCGGACUAGAUUUAGUGACCAUUGAAUAAUUUUUUAUGAUAAAUUUUCGUUUCAUAAUUGAUCGAUUGCAAAAUAAAUCUAUUUCAUUAUUUUUUCGGUCGUGGUAAUAUAAUAUCAAAUUAUGUUAAAUUAAAUGGAACUUGUGAUCGUCGUCUGAUUGGUUAUUUUAUAUCAAGCUGGUUGUUUUGACUCUCAAUCAAUCCACUUCUUUUAAUUUCACAUCAAUAAAAUUAUGUUUGUGAAGGUCUUGUGCAUAGAUUUUUUCGAACUCUCAUAAUAGGGCAAAAUAAAUUUUCAAAA